AGAGGAGCAGCUGGUGGCGACACUGACAGUGAUGAUGGUGACAAUGGCCAGAAGCUUUUUGAAGUCCCCUUUGACCGCAGUCGAAGUUUACGCAUGACCGACGCGCUGUUGUCUGAUUCUGGACUUUCGACGGACUGAGAGGAAUUCAAGCGGGGGCGAAGAUGUCGGUGACAUCCGGGUCUAAAAAGCCCCGGGCGAAAGCCGAAAAGCCGGAGGCUACGAUCGACACCUUGCAGGCGGCCAAUGAGGAGCUGCGGACCAAGCUGACAGACAUACAGAUCGAGCUCCAGCAGGAGAAGAGCAAGGUGAGUAAGCUGCGAGAGAAGCUGCAGGAGGUGAAGCAGAGCCGUGAGCUGGAGCAGCACAAGCACACGGUGCUGGUGACGGACCUGAAGGCCAAGCUGCACGAGGAGAAGAUGCGGGAGCUGCAGGUAGCACGGGAGACGCUGGUGCGUCAGCACGAGCAGGAGCUGGCCCGGGUCAUCAAGAUCCGCGACGGCGAGGUGCAGCGGCUGCAGUCGCUGGUCAACGUGCUGCGGGAUGGGGCGGCCGACAAGGUGAAGAACGCCCUGCUGGUGGAGGCGCGGGAGGACGCCCGCCGGGCCUUCGACUGCGAGCGCCUCCGCAUGCAGCAGGAGAUCCUGGAGCUGAAGGCCGCCCGCAAGCAGACAGAGGAGGCGCUGGCCAACGUCAUGCAGGCGGACAAGGCCAAGGCCGCUGACCUGAGGACAGCCUACCAGGCGCACCAGGACGAGGUCAGCCGCAUCAAGCGUGACUGCGAGAGGGACAUCCGCAGGCUGAUGGACGAGAUUAAAGGGAAGGACCGUGUGGUGCUGGCUCUGGAGAAGGAGCUGGGCCUGCAGGCAGGGUAUGCCCAGAAGCUGCUGCUACAGAAGGAGGCCCUGGAUGAGCAGCUGGUGCAGGUGAAAGAGGCUGAAAGGCAUCAUGGGAGCCCCAAGCGGGAGGUAGCACCUGCCCUUGGAGAGACCACUGACUACAUCCUCAGUCAGGACGCGCAGAUGGAUGAGCGGGACGUGCGACGCUUCCAGCUGAAGAUCGCCGAGCUGCACGCGGUGAUCCGGAAGCUGGAGGACCGGAACACGCUGCUGGCGGAUGAGCGGAACGAGCUGCUGAAGCGUGUCCGUGAGGCGGAGAGCCAGAUGAAGCCGCUGGUUGAGAAGAACAAGAGGAUGUCCAAGAAGAACGAGGACCUCCUGCAGACGCUGCAGCGCAUGGAGGAGAAGCUGAAGAACCUGACCAGGGAGCACGCAGAGAUGAAGGAAAAGAUGCACUCCAACGCUCAGGGCUCUCUGAAGAGGCCCAGCUCUCUGAACGACCUGAGCCAAACCCACGAGGAGCAGGAGAUCGAGUUUCUCAAGCUGCAGGUGUCUGAGCAGCGCUGCAUAAUCGACGAGCUCAUCCUGGAACGAGACAGACUGAUAAUCACCAAAAAGAACAAACGGAAGAGCCUCAAACUCCCAAAGAGGCAUGUUGUGGAGACAUAUUUUGGAUUUGACGAGGAGUCUGUGGAUUCGGAGACGUCGUCCCUAACGUCUUACACCACAGACCGCACGGACCGGACCCCUGCCACCCCAGAGGAAGACCUCGAAGACGGCAUUUCGCGGGAGGAGUCAGAGCUGCGGUUCCGGCAGCUGACCAGGGAGUACCAGGCUCUCCAGCGGGCAUAUGCCCUCCUUCAGGAACAGGUUGGGGGCACGCUGGACGCUGAGCGUGAGGCCAGGACACGGGAGCAGCUGCAGGCAGACCUGGCCCGUUGCCACGCGAAGAUCGAGGACCUGGAGAAGUCUCUGGCGGAGCGGGGGCAGGACUCCAAAUGGGUAGAAGAAAAGCAAUACCUCAUCAGAACUAACCAGGAUCUCUUAGAGAAGAUCAUGAAGCUGGAGCUGGACGAGAGCCGUCUGAAGACGGAGAUGCAGGACGCCCGGGACCAGAACGAACUGUUAGAGUUCCGUGUCCUGGAGCUGGAAGAAAGGGAGCGCCGAUCCCCGGCGUUCAACCUGCACAUCGCGGCCUUCUCCGAGAACAACGGCAGUGCGCUACAGCUGCACUGCCACCAGGAGGGCAUUAUGGAUGUGGUCAUUCCUGAGCUUAUGAAGAAGCUGGAUAUUCUGGGAGACAAUGGGAACUUGCGUAACGAAGAGCAAGUUGCCGUGAUACAAGCAGGGACGGUGCUGUCUCUCUGUGAAAAGUGGUUGAAACAGAUUGACAGCACUGAGGCUGCACUCACACAGAAGAUGAUUGACCUAGAGAAUGAGAAGGACUUGUUCAGUAAACAGAAGGGCUACCUGGAGGAGGAGCUGGACUACCGGAAGCAGGCCCUGGACCAGGCUUAUAUGAGAAUCCAGGAGUUGGAGGCCACACUGUAUAAUGCCCUGCAGCAAGACCCGGGGAGCAGAGUGGGGGAGUCUUUGACAGAGAGGCAGCAAGAGGAACUGAGGAUAGCGGUGGAGAAACUGAGGCGGCAGAUUCUCAGACAGAGCCGCGAGUUUGACAGUCAGAUCUUGCAAGAGCGCAUGGAACUCUUGCAGCAGGCGCAGCAGAGGAUAAGAGAGCUCGAGGAUAGGAUUGAAAUCCAGAAAAGGCAGAUCAAGGAAAUAGAAGAAAAGUUUUUGUUCCUGUUUUUAUUUUUCUCCCUAGCCUUUAUUCUUUGGCCUUAACUGCCCCAGCAUGGCCAGGCUGCAGGUGCUGAAGCGCUCCCGGGGGACAUGAGACGUGGACACCACAUGUCAUUCAGC